UGCAGCAGCUGCAGUUCCUCAGCACAGGGCUAAGCUAAGCUAACCUAACUGAUGUGACUGCAGUAUGGCUGCGCAGGACGAGCUCAAUCAGCUGGAGCGGGUGUUCCUGCGUUUGGGUCAUGCCGAGACGGACGAUCAGCUGCAGGACAUCAUAUCCAAGUUCCUGCCGCCCGUCCUGCUCAAACUGUCCAGCGCUCAGGAGGGAGUCCGCAAAAAAGUAAUGGAGCUGCUGGUUCACGUGAAUAAGAGGAUUAAGAGUCGGCCGAAGAUCCAGCUUCCGGUUGAGACUCUACUCGUUCAGUACCAGGACCCGGCGGCAGCGUCGUUCGUCACAAAUUUCACCAUUAUCUACAUAAAGAUGGGCUACCCUCGGCUGGACGUUGCCAAACAGUGUGAGCUGGCUCCGACGUUACUCACAGCCAUGGAGAGCAAACCUGAACCCCAGCAGGACAGUUUGAUGCAUCUGCUGAUUCCCACUCUGUACCACAUGAAAUAUCCCACUGAACCGUCUAAAGCAUCGCCGUUCGUCCUCACCGAGAAACCCAAGACUGUCCACCAGCUGCUGGAGUUCAUGCUGGAUGUUCUCCUAAUGCCUUAUGGGUUUGUCCUGAAUGAGCCGCCCAGUCGUCCUGCUCCCUCCUCUCCUCAGGGUGGCGCUGCAGCCGGAGCAGCGGCACCAGCGCAGAACCUGCCGCAGCCUCCCCCGGGGAUGAGUCUGUACGCUGUGAAGAGAGUGAUAGGAGAGGUGCAGUGGAGCCCGGAACAGCUGGAGCAGUGUAAGCUGGGGAUCGUGAAGUUUAUCGAGGCUCAGCAGGUGCCGGAGGUGGAGACGGUGGUGCACCUGGUCGUGGCCUCCAGUGACACCAGGCACAGUGUAGCUACAGCAGCUGAUCUGGAGCUGAAGAGCAAACAGAGCAUCAUCGACUGGAACAAUCCGCUCAUCAUCAACAAGAUGUUCAAAGUGUACCUGGGUGAUAUUCCUCUCAAAACUAAGGGUGCUUCAGUGAAGCGGGAGCUGAAGCACGAGCCGGUGAGCACCAGAGUAAAGAUGAAGAUCCUCCCUCACCUUCUGCGCUCCAGACUCGCUGCCGAGUGCUUCCCCGCCAACAUCCAGGUUGUGUAUGACGGGCUGUUUGGCGCGAACACCAAUAAUAAGCUGCUGUCCCUCACGCUGCAGUUUGUGCAUCAUAUCUGUGUUGUGUGUCCUGAUAGUAAUAAGCCGCUGGGUCUGAUGCUGCUGAACGGCCUCACCAAACUCAUUAACGAGUAUAAAGAGGAUCCGAAGCUGCUGUGCGUGGCGUACUCUGCUGUAGGAAAGCUUUCACACCGAAUGCCGCAGCUCUUCACUAAAGACAUCGCGCUUGUCCAGCAGUUCUUUGAGUCCAUGUGUAAGGAAGAGGCUGAUGUGCGCUUGGCUAUUCAAGAGGCUUUAUCUAUGAUGGUGGGAGCGUAUGCUAACCUGCAGGGGGCGCUGCUCAACCUGAUGGAGGCACUUGUGGCUGCUUAUAUUGCAAAGCCGGAAGUACAGGUGCGACAGGUCGCCAUGAAGUUUGCCAGCACUGUGUUUGCACCUGAUCACGUUCCCUCCAGAUACCUGCUGCUCCUCGCCGCCGGAGACCCGCGUGAGGAGGUCUGUGGAGAGGCUCAGCGCGCACUCAGAUCUCUCGUUUCUAAGAAAAGUGAGAAAGAGGGAGCCAAGCCCAUGCCCUCCUUCCCCGAGAUGGUCUCCUACAUCCAGGAGAAGGCUGCUGAGAGAAUGAAGAGUCCAGCUAAAUUCAUUGUUGGAACCUCAACGCUUCCCUUUAACCCCGCCACAUUUCAGGAGAUCGUUCUGUACCUCCGGAUGUGUCUGGCUCACAGUGCCGGAGCCACGCCCACUUCCCAGAGUCUGAUCGACAUGCAGGACGACGCCCCUCUUAUCGGAUGCUACGUCCAGUCGUUGCUGGGGAACGAGACUCCUCCCCCUUCCUUUGCGCUGAAAGGUGGCGACACCAGUCCGGUUCAGGUGUACAUGGACCUGCUGCAGCAGCUGCUCUCCGCUGUGGGAGGAAUCUCGGUGAUGUACUGUCUGUUGGAGGUGGUGUCGGUUUGCCCUGAGAAACUCGCGCCCAGAUUUUCCCACAGAAUCGACUGGAUCAAAGGUCUGAUGAACACUAAUAAGGAGGAUAUGCGGGAGCUGGCAGCUCAGCUGUACGCCGUGGUCGUCUCCACCAUGAGCGGCAACGAACUCAAAACAGCCGUCCAGAACCUGAUCAAGAUCACCAAAGAUACUCAUAGUCCUGAGACCCAGCACGGGGCCAUUCUGGCUCUGGGCUACAUGGUUGCCCGAUACAUGAGCCGGAGGCGGGGCUUAAACAUGGGUGAAGCCACUCCCAAAGAGGAUGAGGAGCUGAUCACCAUGGCAACCAGGACUAUUGGCUCGGUUCUAGACAGCGGUUCUCCGUUGUUGACGGUGGCGGCGGUGACUGCUCUGGGGGAGAUCGGGCGUAACGGGGAGCUGCUGCUGCCGGCAGAGGGAGACGGAUUCACCAAACUCAACCUGGUGGAAAACCUGCUCUCCAGAAUCCCGUCCGGCAAAGAGACCGGCAAGAUGAAAGAGCGUGCGGUGCAGACGCUGGGGUUCCUCCCGGUGGGAGACGGAGAUUUCCCACACCAGAAGAAGCUCCUGCAGGGCCUGAUGGACUCAGUGGAGGCUAAGCAGGUGGAGCUGCAGUUUACAGUGGGAGAGGCCAUAACCAGCGCUGCAGUGGGAACCGGAUCCGGAGCCGCCAGAGACGUCUGGACCUGCACUGAGGACCAGUACCUCCCUCCCGCCAAUGUGAAGAGUAAUGACGUGGUGUCGUGGGUUCUGAGCUCUAUCUUGUCUAAGUACAUCGUGAGUCAGAAUCCUCAUGUUCGUCAGGCUGCCUGUAUCUGGCUGCUCUCUCUCGUGAAGAAACUCAGCGAGCAUAAAGAGAUCAGGACUCAUCUGAAAGAGAUUCAGACAGCCUUCAUUACCAUCUUAUCAGACCCAGACGAGCUCAGUCAGGACGUGGCCUCUAAAGGUCUGGGACUGGUGUAUGAACUGGGUGGAGAGCAGGACCAGCAGGAACUGGUGUCGACCCUGGUGGAGACUCUAAUGACGGGGAAAAGAGCUAAACACACUGUAUCUGAGGACACUGAGGUCUUUCAGGGCGAGACUCUGGGUAAAGCACCUGAUGGACAUGGACUUUCCACUUACAAGGAGCUGUGCUCACUGGCUAGUGAUCUGAACCAACCAGAUCUUGUUUACAAGUUUAUGAAUCUGGCCAAUCACCACGCCAUGUGGAACUCCAGGAAGGGGGCAGCGUUUGGGUUUAAUAUCAUAGCAGCGAAGGCGGGAGAGCAGCUGGCUCCUUUCCUGCCCCAGUUGGUGCCCCGCCUCUACAGGUACCAGUUCGAUCCCAAUCUGGGCAUCCGGCAAGCCAUGACCAGCAUCUGGGACGCCCUCGUCACCGACAAGAACACGGUGGAUAAAUACCUGAAGGAGAUCUUCCAGGACGUCAUAUCCAACCUGACCAGUAACAUGUGGAGAGUUCGGGAGUCCUGCUGUUUGGCUCUGAACGAUCUGAUUCGUGGGAGGCAGGCUGAUGACAUCAUUGAUCACCUGACAGAAAUCUGGGAGACUCUGUUUCGAGUUUUGGAUGAUAUUAAGGAAUCAGUCAGAAAAGCAGCAGAUUUAACACUGAAGACCCUCAGCAAGGUGUGUGUGAGGAUGUGUGAGUCUACAGGUGGGUCGGGUCAGAGAGUGGUUGGGGUUCUGCUGCCGGUUCUGUUGGAUAAAGGAAUAGUCAGUAAUGUAGCGGAGGUUCGCUCUCUCAGUAUCCAGACACUGGUGAAGAUCAGUAAGGCAGCAGGUAGUCGUCUGAAGCCGCACGCCCCCCGGCUGAUCCCGGCACUGCUGGAGGCGCUGAGCGUUCUGGAGCCGCAGGUUCUGAACUACCUCAGUCUGAGAGCCACGGAGCAGGAGAAGAGCGCUAUGGACACAGCCAGACUGAGCGCAGCCAAGUCCUCGCCCAUGAUGGAAACUGUUAAUAUGUGUCUGCAGCAUUUGGACGUGUCAGUACUGGGAGAACUGGUGCCGAAACUGUGUGACCUGCUGAAGAGUGGCGUCGGCCUCGGAACGAAGGGUGGCUGUGCGAGUGUGAUCGUCUCUCUGACUGUGCAGUGCCCUCAGGACCUCACGCCGUACUCAGGUAAACUGAUGAGCGCUCUGCUGAACGGGAUUCACGACCGCAGUGUCAUGGUUCAGAAGUCCUUCGCCUUCGCUAUUGGUCACCUGGUCCGGACGGCGAAGGAUAGCAGUGUGGAGAAGCUCCUGCAGAAGCUCAGCACCUGGUACCUGGAGAAAGAAGAGGCGGUGUAUAAGUCGUCCUGCUGUCUGACCGUUCACGCCAUCAGCCACUACAGUCCUGAUGUGCUGAAAGCUCACGCCGGCGUCGCCCUGCCGCUCGCCUUCCUGGGAAUGCACCAGCAGAACGACGAGCAGGGCGCCAGCGGCGACUCCAACCUGUGGGCAGAGGUGUGGCAGGAGCACGUGCCGGGCAGUUUCGGAGGAAUCAGGCUGUAUAUGACGGAGCUCAUCGCCAUUACCCAGAGGGCUUUGCAGUCGCAGUCGUGGAAGAUGAAGGCGCAGGGCGGGGUUGCCAUGGCGACCAUAGCGAAGCAGCAGACGGGCUCUCUGGUGGCUCCUCACCUGGGCAUGCUGCUGAACGCCCUGCUGCAGGGCCUGGCAGGACGCACCUGGGCAGGAAAGGAGGAGCUGCUGAAGGCUGUUGGCUCUGUGGUGUCAAAGUGCAGUGUUGAGCUGCAGAAGCCGGUGGCGGGUCAGCCGGCGGUGGGGGAGGUGUUGGAUCUGGUUCUGAAGGAGUGCAGGAAGGAGAGUGUGGUGUAUAAAGUGGCGGCGCUUCGCUGCGCCGCUGAUAUUUUAGAGGCGACUGGAGAGGACCGCUUCCAGGAACUUGCUGAGAUUAUCUUCCCCCUCAUCAGAAAGAAUCAGCCUGGGUCACCAAAACGUGGCGGCGAUGAUGACGAUGAUGAAGAUGCUAAAGAGCGAGAGCUGCAGAUGGAGGUGCUGCUGUGUGCGUUCGAGAGUCUGGGAAAAGCCUGGCCUGAGAACGCUCAGACUCAGAGUCGGUAUCAGGUGGAGGUGUGUGUGCUGAUGUGUGAUAGGCUGAAGCUCAGUACGUGGCGGGUUCAGCUGGGAGUUCUGCAGUGUAUGAAGUUGUUCUAUCAGAGGUUACUGCUGUUAGAACCGGACCAGCGGAACUCUGGACUACUGACAGACAUUCUGUCUCAGACCUGCACUGCUCUCGCUGUUCCACUGGAGAACAGAAGUUACUCGUCUGUAAGAACGGAGGCUCUUACUAUUCUUGAGCUGCUGCUGAAGAGGAUUGAAGACAGCGAUCAGUGGGAAUGCCUGGUGGAGAAAAGUCGGCAGCAGCUCCAGCGCUCUCUCGCCACCAUGGAGACGGACAGCCGGCCCGAGCUGAAGGAUAAAGCUCAGACCCUGAGGAGGAAAAUACAGGGUCUGCCUUAAAACAGGAGCACAGCGUCAGCGCAGGCUCUCCAACACCUGCUCUGCCUACAUGAAUUCAGUAGUUUUAUCACUUCAACUAAACGAAUAAACUGAUACGGAGACUUCAUUGCCAAACAAACACAAUAAAACACUUCCUUCUGAUUCGAUUUUCAGUGACAUUUCAGUCUCCUAGAUGCUAAUGACUCUAGUUAGUGUUUGUGCACUGACUGUGCCAACUGCAGGACCACCAACUGGCCCAUUUUUAUAUACAUAUAUGUGUCCUUUAAUGGCAGAGUGUUAUUAAGUUUAAUAAGAGGACAAAAUCCUACAUUUUUCACCCAGCUGUGUGCGGUGUGUGUAUCUCUCUAAUCCUACUGAAAAGAGUUGUGUUUCAAUAAACUGCAAAUGGAUCUGAGAUCACAUUCACACCUGCUGUUAUCCUGUAGUUCUGCAGUAGUAAGUGUGAACAGGUGUGAAUGGGAUACAGUACGUCUACUACAAUUACAUUAUUAUUAUGAACCGCAUCACCGCUCCCCUGCUGGAACAUGAGUAAUAACAGUGAUACCAAACCGUCCACCGUGUGACUCUGGUGAUGACUCUGGUGUGAAAUGUACUUUUGGUGUAGUAAAACAUGAUAAAAAUACGUACCUUUGUUGAAUAGCUCACCUCCGCUCCUGCAGCUUUCUGAGAUCCAGUAAUUUGUACACUUUGUCCAAACAGACUUUUAGAAUGAGUGAAAUAAGGGCAUAUUUUGCCCCUGCAGAAAAAUCAGAUACAUUUUUCCACCGAUAUUCAGGCUCAAAGUAGCUCCACACUCUUCAUUGGUAGAAUCUGAAGAGCUCUGACAUUUAAAACGAGGCGUUAAAAACUUUAAAACUGCACAAGAAGUUUAUUAAAAGCCACUUUCUACAUCCCGUAGCGUAGUUAAAUCUCUGGGCGCUGCUAUCUUUAAAUUUAAGCAUAGAUAACGGUGUAAAAAGCCAUUUGUCUGCAGGGGCAAAAUAUGCUUUCUGAGAUCCAGUAUUUUGUGCACUUUGCCUAAACUGGCUUUUAGAAUGGAUGAUAUGGGGGCAUAUUUUGCCCCUGGAGAAAAAGAUAGCUUUAUACACCUAUAUUUAGGCUCAAAGUAGUUCCACACUUUUCAUUGGUAGAAUCGAAAGAGCUUUAACAUUUAAAACAAGGCAUUAAUAACUUUAAAACUACAUAAGAAGUUCAUAAAAAGCCACUUUUUACAUCCCGUAGCGUAGGGAAAUCUUUACAUUUAAGUCACAACAAGUCAACCAUUGAGCACUAAAACGAAUAGUAAAACAUUUUGAGCUUUUUUGAAUGUAAUUUGUUGUUGUUUCCUUGCAUUCUAAUAUCGACAGUAACCUGAUAUUUUCAGCAACAGCUGGAAUUCAUGUAUUUCCAAGGAACUAGUUUUGCAAUCUGCUCAACUACCCUACUUAUUAGUUUUAAGACGGUUGACUUAUUGUGACUUAAAUUUAAGUCACAAGGCGGCGUCUGGAGAUUGAUCUAGGCUAUGGGAUGCAAAAAGUGGCGUUUAAUAAACUUCUUAUGCAGUUUUAAAGUUCUUAACGCCACGUUUCAUAUGUUAAAGCUCUCCAGAUUCUACCAAUGAAAAGUGUGGAGCUAAUUUGAGCCUGGAUAACAGUGUAAAAAGCCCCGAUUUAUCUGCAGGGGCAAAAUAUGCCCCAUAUCACUCAUUCUAAAGGCCUGUUUGGGCAAAGUGCACAAAUUACUGGAUCUCAGAAAGCUGCAGGAGAGCAGAUGUGAGCUUUUCAACAAAAGUAAGUACUUUUAAUUAAUUUUAUUACGUUUUAAUACACCCAAAAUCCAUUUCACACCAGAGUUCUCCUUUAAGUUCAGCAUAAUUUCCCCUAGAAUUGAUUUACUUUUAGCUAAUCAUGUUCAUGAAGUCUAUAGUUUAUAAGACUGAGGAACUAUGCCAUGCACAAGCUUUGGAAAUGUGAAUUCACAGGUAUAAAGGGAUGUGUGUGUGUUUGUAUAAAGAAAAUGUAAAUUAAAUUGAAUCUUUGGUUUGCCGGUG